AUGAAGUAUAAGGUCAAAGAUGUCGACAGCGAGAGUCAGCGCUGUAGUAAUAUACCAGACUGCAUGCUGGAGGAGAAACUAGAGCGCACGGUCCGCUGUUCAUCGGUGUUGAUCGGCGCGUUGGGACUGUCCUUGGUGGCGCUCGCAAUCUACACAACUGUCCUGGUGCUCACUGAGAACAGGAGCCCCCGACCCUGCAACAGCGAAGAAUGUGUCGGUACAGCAUCACGUAUCCUUUCAUCCUUGAACAAGGACGUGGAUCCUUGCACGGACUUUUAUGAGUUCGCAUGCGGCGGAUGGAUUAAGAAAAACCCGGUGCCGGAGUGGUCGACGUCGUGGGACCAGCUGGCCUUGCUACGGGAGCAGUUGAUAGAAAAUCUACGCGAGCUUCUCGAAGCUGAAGAUAAGGAAGGUCUACCCGAGAGUGUUGUUAAAGCGAAGAAGUUGUAUAGAACUUGUAUUGAUACCGACAAAUUAGAAGAAAAAGGUAUAAAACCGAUCGAGGAUAUUUUGAAGAAACUGGGACUUACCCCCAAGCCGCCUAUAGAGGCUAGCGCUAACUUCUCAUGGGAAUCGGUGACGGGGAAGGGAAGGAGGCUACUGGGGCUAAACGUGCUGAUCAGUGUACAGGUGGCCGAGGAUGUCAGAAAUACCAGCAGGAACCGUAUCGUGGUAGAACAAGUGUCACCUGGAUUCAGCGAGCGGUACCUGUUGAAGCCGGAACAGUUUGGGUACGAGCUGGCGCAAUACCGCAAGUACAUCCGCGAUGUGGUCUCCAUCGCAGACCCCGACACGGACGCAGACGCCUUCGCUGACGACAUCAUCAGCUUCAGCAAGAGUCUGGCUAAGAUAAUGACUCCUAUGGAAGUAAGAAGGAGCGGGACUCAUCUGUUCCACGAGGUUAGCGUGUCGCAACUCGUGCAAGGAACUGCUGGUGGACCGGCUGAAUGGAACGAGCACGAUUGGGAUCUGUAUCUGCGGCUGGUGUUCGCUAACACCAGCGUGGUGCUGCAACCGGAUAGCGAUCGCAUCAUAGUCAUGGACCUUCCCUAUCUGCAGAAGUUAGCGGUCCUGCUCAACGACACGGAACCUGUCAUUGUUGAACGGUUCGUGUGGUGGAGCGUGUUUUCGACGGUGGCGCCGAUGACGCUGAGCGGAUUUCGCUCGCUCGGGUUCGAGUUUUCGCGCGCGGUGCUGGGGCUACGUGCGCGCGCGCCACGCUGGAAGAGCUGCGCCGCCAACGUCAACGCCAACUUCGGCCUCGCGCUCAGCUACGCCUACGUCAACCGCCACUUCGAUCAGCACUCCCGCCAGAAGGCGAUCGAGAUGGUGGAGGACGUGCGCGCGGCGUUCGGCGCGGCGGCGGCGCGGCUGGACUGGAUGGACGGCAGCACGCGGCGCCGCACGCUCGCCAAGCUGCGCGCCAUCCGCAACUUCGUGGGCUUCCCCGCCUGGCUGCUCGACACCCGCAAGCUUGACAACCACUACCGCAACGCUCAUGUGAUCGAAGGUAAUCUGUUCGACACGUAUCUGAACCUGACUUGGGCGGCCGUGAAGAAGUCCUUGGAGACACUUAGGGAGAAACCGGACAGGAACAGAUGGGUGGCGACCGCUACAACUGUAAACGCGUUUUAUUCGGCUACCCUCAACUCAGUCACGUUCCCGGCCGGAAUCCUACAGCCGCCAUUUUACGGAAACGGAAUCGAAGCAAUAAACUACGGAUCUAUCGGCGCCAUUAUGGGACAUGAAGUGACGCAUGGCUUCGAUGACCAAGGUCGUCGGUACGACGAGGAAGGCAACCUGAAGCAGUGGUGGUCCGCAGCGACGCUGGAGCACUACCACAGCAAGGUGCAGUGCAUCGUGGACCAGUACAGCCGCUACCACUUGCCGCAGCUGCCCGAGUACACCGUGCAUGGGUUCAACACGCAAGGCGAGAAUAUCGCGGACAACGGCGGGCUUAGAGCGGCACUCAACGCGUACGCGUUGCACACACAACGUCACCCCGAGUCGGCUCGGGACACACUACCCGGCCUGCCGCAUUACUCGCACCACCAGCUAUUCUUCCUGGGCUUCGCACAGAUAUGGUGUGGUAAUUCAACAGUCGGCGCUUUAAAAUCAAAAAUUGUGGAAGGAGUGCAUAGCCCAAAUAAAAUAAGAGUCAUUGGUACAUUAAGUAAUUCAGAGGAAUUCGCGCAGGCAUGGCAGUGCCCUAAGGGUUCUCCAAUGAACCCUGAGCACAAGUGCGUUCUCUGGUGA